UGAGAUCAUCAAGUGCAAAAUGUUUCACUCACUAAUUUGGGCAAGUUUUUUAGCAAUAUUUUUUGUACUACGACCAGUAUCUUCAAAUUACGAUGACAUCAACAUCAACACAAUCACGGAACGUUUCGGUACCAUUUUUGGUACCACCGACCCAAUCAAUAUAAUCCCAAACCACAAAAUCGACGAAGUUUACGAUUUCAUCAUCAUUGGCUCGGGUUCAAGCGGUUCAGUCGUCGCGAGCCGACUUUCCGAAAUUCCCACUUGGAAAAUCCUACUUCUUGAAGCCGGCAAUGCCGCCAACAUCCUCACAAAAGUCCCCAUAAUGGCACCACUGUUCCAACUAACACCGUACAAUUGGAACUACACCAUGGAACCCGAACCCAACGUUUGCCAAGCCAUGGAAGAGGAAACAUGUGCCUGGCCACGGGGGAAAGCCUUGGGUGGCACCUCCGUCAUCAACUACAUGAUCUACACACGUGGGAAUCCCCUGGAUUACCAAAAAUGGGGCGAAGUUAGCCCUGGAUGGGCGUUCCAAGACGUUCUUCCCUAUUUCCUCAAAUCGGAAAAUUGUAACUUGGGUACUGCCUGUGGGAGCGAGUACCACAACAAGGGUGGGCCUUUAUCAGUGGAGUACCCUUUCAAAUCGCCCAUAACGGACGCUUUCCUCCAAGCUGGGAGGGAAAUGGGCGAGGAAAUCGUCGAUUAUAACACUGAGAAGUACAUGGGGUUUGGGCAACUCCAAGCAAAUCAAAAAUUUGGGCGCAGGCAUAGUACCUUUGACGCCUUCAUAGCCCCCAUAAUCACACGAAAAAACCUACAUAUCGUAUCAGGAGCCCGUGUUACCAAAAUCCUAAUUGACCCAAACACACGUCAAACCCUUGGUGUUAUUUUCGAAAAAAAAGGGCAAAAGUACAAAAUUCGGGCCUCCAAGGAAGUUAUACUUUCAGCGGGGGUUUUCAAUUCGCCACAACUCCUCAUGUUGUCGGGGGUAGGUCCCGAGGGACACCUCCACGAUUUGGGGAUCCCCCCAAUUGUGAAUCUCCCAGUGGGGCAAAACCUUUACGACCACUUGGCCUUCUUAGGGGUUGCCUAUACCAUCAAUGUGACAGUUGAACCACGCGAAGCCCUUCUCAGCCCACUAGAAGGGCUGAAUUGGUUUUUUCGGGGGAAAGGGCUUUACACCAGCUUGGGGGGCGUCGAAGCCAUAGCUUACAUCAACACUGGGUCACUCCCCCAGGCUAAUUACCCCGACAUUGAGCUAAUUUUUGUGGGCACUGGGACUCUCCAAUCCGAUUUUGGGCUCGUGGUGGCGAAAGAAAUCCGCCUGAAGCGUUCCAUCUAUGACACGGUUUACAAACCGAUUGAAAACACCCCAAGUUGGGCGAUUUUCCCCAUGCUACUCCACCCCCAAUCCAAAGGCCACCUCCAACUCAAAUCAACCAACCCCCACGACCCCCCCAUCCUCCACGGCAAUUGUUUCACGGAUCCUGGCGACCAAGACAUCAAAACCCUCCUUGCGUCUAUCAGAUACAUCCAGAAAUUGGCCCAAACUCCUUCGUUCCAAAAAUUUGGGUCAAAACUCCACGAUAUUCCCCUCCCAACGUGCCAAAAGCACGUUUUCGACUCGGACGACUACUGGCUUUGUGCCAUUAAAAGUUUGAGUACGACUUUGCACCACCAGGUUGGUACUUGUCGCAUGGGGCACUGGGAUGACCCCCAGAGCGUGGUUGACCCCCGGUUGCGAGUGAGGGGAGUCAAGGGAUUGCGAGUCAUCGAUUCGAGUGUCAUUCCGGUCACUCUGUCAGCACAUACGAAUGCGCCGUCGAUUAUGGUGGGCGAAAAAGGAGCAGAUUUGGUUAAAGAAGACUGGAGUGCGAUUUAAUUUUUUGUUGCAAGGUCGAGGAACUGGUCGCGGCCAAGGUUUGAAACGGAAGGUUGGCGCAGAUUAUGAAAUGAUGGUGAUAAGGAAAGAUGAAAUAUGCGUGGUCUUGGAAAACUUUCAAGUGGAAAAUCUUAACGAAAUUUGAAUAAAAAUUGA